CGCCGAGGUGCUACGCGUCAACGGAAGGGGGAGUGGCGCGAAGACGGAGUUAGUCAAAGUAAGUAUUUACAGUUGAAAGACGUGUCAUACCAGGCAGGAUUAAGUACAAAAACACAGACGAGCUGCUGGAUCCACUCCAGUGAUGUCCUCCAUAUGGUGGGAGCAGUGGCCCCUGGGGGUCGGAAAUGGUAGCACUCCCACUCCCUUGAUGGACAACAGUAGCUGCUUCAGCUCCACACAGAGCACCGUACUAAAGGGAGUCAAGUUUGGAGGAGUGCCAGUUGUACUGCUGCUCGAUUUCUGUGUCUUUCUGGUGUUGCUGAUGCUCUUCUCAAUCAUCAGGAGGAAUUUCUGGGACUAUGGACGUCUGGCACUAGUAGCGGACAAAGAAGGGUUCACUGAGUCAACACACCGUCGCUAUGGACGCAUGUCAUCUGUUGCGUCCAGCGUGGAAGACCCUGAGCAUGAAUUGGGAUUCUGCUCUUGGCUGCCUUAUAUCAUCAGAAUGGAUGAGGAGAAAAUAAAAUCCAGAUGCGGCAUGGAUGGUGUUCACUACCUGUCCUUCCAGCGCCAUCUGAUUGUCCUGCUGAUCAUCAUGACGGUCACCUCCCUCGGAAUCAUACUGCCUGUCAACUUCACUGGAGACCUGCUAGACAAUGAAUUUGGAAAGACAACUCUUGGGAAUCUUCCGAAAGGGAGCAAACUAUUAUGGCUUCAUACAGUGUUUGCAGUCCUGUACCUGAUCCUGACAGUGUUUCUGCUGCGACAUUACACAUCUCAAAUCAAAGGCAUGCCCAGAGAGACAACCAGAAACACUUUGUUUGUGCGUUCAGUCCCUAAAACUGCAACAGAGGAAGAUGUAAAGACCCAUUUCACAGAGGCGUACCCUACCUGUCAAGUGUGUGCUGUAACCCUGGGAUAUGAUGUGGCCAAGCUCAUGUACCUUGAUAAAGAAAGGGUGCGAGCCGGAAAAAACCUGCGCUACUAUGAGCGUGUCCUGAACAGCACAGGGAAUCGUGAGCUGAUUAACCCCCGUUUAUGUGGUCAGUUCUGUUGCUGCUGCAGCUCUGGGAAGGUCGAUGCCAUAGAGUACUACAGUACAACAGAAAAAGAUCUGCUGGAGGAGGUGAGGAAGCAAGUAGAACUGGUGCCACAGCACCCCCUGGGGAUGGCCUUCGUCACCUUGCAGACGGAAGCCAAUGCCAAGUUCAUUCUGAAAGACUUCAAUGCCCUGGAGUGUGGUGACACAAGCUGCUGCUGUGGGAGGCAGCCCCAACCUUCAUCCAACAGCAAAGCUUUGAAAGUGAACAAGUGGAGGGUGGACUUUGCGCCACAUCCUAAAAAUGUGUACUGGGACAAUCUAUCAGUGCGGGGUUUUUCCUGGUACAUGCGCUAUGUGAUGAUCAACUUCUUCCUCUUCUUCCUGCUCACCUUCCUCACGACUCCCACCAUCAUCAUCAACACCAUAGACAAGUUCAACGUGACCAAGCCCAUCUACUAUCUCAACAGCCCAAUCAUCACUCAGUUUUUCCCCACUCUCCUGCUGUGGUCCUUCUCCGCCUUGCUGCCCACCAUAGUGUACUAUUCGACAAUAGGAGAGGCCCACUGGAGCAGGUCCAGUGAGCACAUGAGCAUGUUGCGGAAGCUGUACUUCUUCCUGAUCUUCAUGGUGCUGAUUCUCCCCUCGUUGGGACUCACCAGUCUUGCAUGGUUUUUCCGCUGGCUGUUUGAUAAAGAGUUUCUCACAGGCGGGAAACUGAGGUUUGAGUGUGUGUUCCUACCUGACCAAGGGGCAUUUUUUGUCAACUAUGUGAUCACAGCGGCCCUAGUGGGCUCCGCCAUGGACUUGCUACGGUUGCCAGGGUUACUGCUUUACAGCAUUCGCAUGGCGUUUGCUCGCUCAGCUGCUGAAAGAAAAUAUGUCAAACAGAACCAAGCCUAUGAAUUUGAAUAUGGAGCCAUGUAUGGCUGGAACCUGUGUGUGUUCACUGUCAUUGUAGCUUACAGCAUCAUAUGUCCUAUUAUUGUGCCUUUUGGUCUCUUGUACAUGAUGCUUAAGUACCUGGUGGACAAACACAACAUGUACUUUGCCUACCUACCUGCCCGCCUGGACCGCCAGGUCCACCUGGGAGCUGUCAAUCAAGCCCUGGCUGCACCCAUCAUCAGCCUUAUAUGGCUUUACUUCUUCUCUGUCCUCAGAACAGGUUUCUGGAAUUCCACAUCUCUGUUCACCCUGGUUGUGCUGUGUAUCACCGUCUUCAUCUGCAUCGGCUACACCUGCUUCGGCCAUUUCAAGUACCUCAGUCCACACAACUAUGAGGCGAAAGAGGAGGACAAGGAUGCAACAGAGGGAGUGGAAGGAAACACUUCGGUGUACCUUCCCAGAGUGCUCAAUCCCAAAUCACCUGCCAGUGCCCAGCAAGGGUCCAAACUUGAGCAGUCUUACGGUUCUACAGAGGGCAGCCUAGCAUACAGCCCGAACUACAGCCCAGUGGAGGACAGCACAUCUGAUGGCUGAGUCUGUGGAUUUCAACACUGAGGGAAACAUUUGGAGAUAAAAUCCUGGCAGCUCCUGAUCGUAAAUCUGCUUCCUUCACGGUGAUUUCAGUGUUGAAUUCACUUCCAUCCUACUGCUCAAUCAGACACAGGAAAAUCUCCAGAUGGUUCAAGAGAAAAAGGUACAAAGACCAUGGAAAUAUAUAAGUACCAGUGAGGACGUGAUGUGUUGAAUUUGAUACUUGGACCAUUAUUUCCACUUAAUCAGCAGGGUACACUGUUCUUUGAUUUGAUUUUAUUCUGUUAUAAAGCAGUUACCUGUUGUAUUUUUCUGUAUGACACCUAUCCAAUAAGGACCAACUCACCAAGAAGCAUUUAACCAGUCCGUGCAAUUUCCAACAAGCCAUAAUGUGUAAAUACGGAAUUAGUUUGUAGCACAGGCCAAAGCUAGUCAUGCAAUGAUGCCAAAGAGGCGGACAAGCACAGCUCGCUAUUUUAUGUCCAGAUCAGAUUUAGACUUUUAUGAUGCCAGAGGAGUAAACCUGCCAAGGGAAUAACUUAUUGCCUCAUGUUAAUACCGCAAUAUUGAUGUCAAGAGAAUCAAAGUCAUGUGUUUACUAAUGAAAGCUUAAAUAUUUGAACUUUUGUAAUUUGAUAAGAAAAGAAAAACAAGUAUUGCAGGAUUUUUGUUACCAAAAUUGUAUGGUAAGACCCUGCCAUUUUUUAUUAAAUCCUUCAGUGGUUAUUUGUUUUUAAUGUACUUUUAUAUUUCAAUGUGCUUCCUUUUUUAUUUAAAUGUGCAUUUUAACAAGGAGCUAAACCCUAAAGGCAGACUUGUAUCUGAUCAGUGGUUUAUCAUGAAGACUGUUGAACAUAAAAUAUCACCUGUAAAUGUUCACAUGAAAUUCAUCUCAGAUUUGUAUAUAUAUUUCAAUAUUGAUCAAUACAAACAAAGCAACAACUUCA